CUUUAUUUAGAGCAAUGACUCUCAAUUAAACACUUCUAUCUCUACUGUUAUUAUGUACUGUGGACGUGACAUCACACGAGUGUAAAGUACUGGGCCAGUGUUUGAUUAAAAUUUAAGUUGAAAGCUAACAAGCAAACACUCGUAGUACGUGAGAUACAAAUUCGCCACAUAAAAAUAAACGUUCCAAUCGCUAAGUGUCUAGUAUAUCUGCGAGUUAUAAACUUGCUCAUAAAAAUAAGCAUUGAAAAUGUCAACAAACCGUGAGUUUCCAAAGAUCUACUUUGAAUUCGAGGGACGCAAAGUUUUCAACGGCCAGAAACGCAAAUACUGGAUACAGGAUGCGACUGAAGACAUGCUUCAGGAGGUUGAAGAUCUAGUUGUGAACUACUUUUUUGCCUCUUCGCCAACCAUGAAAUAUUUGAAGGUUCUUGAGGAUCCCGUAACUCUUGCCGAAUUUCGACUUGUGUGGCGCAAGGUUCUGCAAGAAAAACUCACGUUAGUUUGCUUAACAAAAGUCGACCAAAACAACACAAAACUUGCCGGUUUCAAUGUAUUAUCCGAAAGUAUUGCCAAUGUUAAAAGUGACUAUAACUUUCAAGGAGCAAGUGCACAGAAGUUAUUUAAAAUUCUUACAUGGAUCGAAAGCCAAGGGAAUUUUCACAAAGAGUUCAAGUUUGAUCGUGUAAUGAAAGGAAUGGGUUUGUAUGUUUUGGAGGACUACCGUGGUGAGGCACUUGGGGAACGUAUUUUGGAAGCUCGAGAACACAUAUGUCGGCAUGUGGGUAUACAUGCAACAUUGACUGGUUUUACUUCAGUUAUAUCGCAAAAAUUGGCAGCCCGUGUUGGAUUUCAGGAUUUCUAUGCUAUUGACUAUGAAGAACUGGGCAGAAUUGAUCCUGCAAUGCAUAUUCCUGAUAUUCAGAACCAUAGCAAAGUGUACAAAUCUAUGUAUAAGAUUUAUAAUUGAUUAUUCAAUAGAAACCACAUUUUAAUUACCCAAUA